UCAAGAUGACUUACAUUAAUCUCCAGAAAUUAGUGUUCCUAGUUCUUGCUUUAUGUUUCUUGUUUUCAUGCCACAAUGCUCAUCCUUUCAGAAUUUGCAGGUUCGAUAAGAUAUACCAACUCGGCGACUCGAUUUCCGACACCGGAAACUUGGUACGCGAGUUCCCCGUGGGGGCCUCCACCCCAUUCGCCAAACUUCCGUACGGCGAAACGUUCUUCAAGAACGCCACCGGUCGCUGCUCCAACGGCCUUCUAAUGAUUGAUUAUUUCGGUAGCGUUGUAAUUUUCUAAUUUAAUUCACUAUAUAUUGUAUGACAAAAAAAAUAUUAACUGUCGUGAUGUAAUACGUAAUACAGCAAUGGCUGCUGGAGUUCCACUUUUGCCACCCUACAAAAACUUGAACGCUACUCGUGAUUUCGGGCACCAUGGAGUCAACUUUGCGGUGGCAGGUUCCACCGCUUUGCCGACGGAGGUGUUGGCGAGUCAACACGUGUUCUCUCCGGUGACAGCCAGUUCUCUCAAUGUCCAAUUGGACUGGAUGUUUAGCCAUUUCAAUUCCACUUGUCUUGAUGAUAAAGGUUAAUAUCUAUUAAUCAUCCUUGUUACUUAAUUAAUAAUUUUGAUUUAAACACAAUUGAUAUUCUAAUUAUGUCCUCGAUAGAUUGUGUUGAGAAACUCCGACAUGCACUUUUCAUGGUUGGAGAAAUCGGAGGAAACGAUUACAACUACGCCAUCUUCCAAGGAAAAACAAUGGACGAGUUGAGAAGCAUGGUCCCGGAAGUUGUUGAUGCCGUUAUGAACGCAACUAGGAGAGUAAUUAAUUCAGGGGCUAAAAGAGUGGUGAUUCCUGGAAAUUUCCCUAUUGGAUGUCUGCCAAUAUAUAAAACAGCAUUCCAAACCAACAUCUCUACAGCAUACGACGAUUCCCAAUGUUUGAAGCAGCUAAACGAGUUUGCAAAAUACCACAACGAACAACUGCAAGAAGCCAUAGAAAAGCUCGUGCAAGAGAAGCCAAAUGCAAUAGUAGUCUACGGUGAUUACUACAACGCUUACGAAUUCCUCCUCAAAGUUGCUAGAUAUCACGGAUUCGAGACAGAAAAGGCAUGUUGUGGAAUCGGAGGAAAGUACAACUUCAACAUGACGAGGAUGUGUGGGGCCCACGGUGUUCCGGUUUGCGAGGACCCACACAGGUACAUGAGUUGGGAUGGUGUGCAUUUGACUCAAAAAGGGUACAGAAUCAUGGCUGGUUGGUUGCUGCACAACAUUUUUCCCAAGCUUCAAUGCCGUUUGUUUGGCUGAAACUUUAUGUCGGUGGUUUAGUUAGGUGUGUUAAAUUGCAGUUAUUUUUAUUAACUUUUUUUUUUUUUUGGUUGAUUAGGUUUUUAUUUAUAUUCUGGUUAAGUAAAUUGCAUUGGUUUUCUAUUUUAAUAAACAAAGGAGUUCAAUAAAAGAGUUGUAGAUGCUAUACACUCAGUGAUACAACGGACACAUAGUAACGCACACACCCGUGUUUAUGCGUGUUUAGUGGGUAGUUAUACCAAAUAGUUUUGUCUUGACCAAAUUCAAUAAGGAACAAUGUUUUUGAUUAUAUUUGGAUGUUUAAACAUUCUUGAUUAGUGGACUUUAAAUUGAGUUAGCGAUUUUAAAUUUUAUAAAUAAUUUCUAAUUAAAAAUAUUAGCGGUGCUCAGAUGGGAAUUGGUUACAACCACAAGAAUUCUCUCAUCAUCCACAUUUUCAACUACAAUGCUAAGUUUUCCCUAAAAUUGAAAAUAAAAAAUGAAAAUAAACAAAAGAAGGCAAU